UUAAUUACCUCAUAAUGUUCUGUUUUGUGAGUGUUUCCUGUGUUUUCGGUGAUUGUGUUAGAUUUUCAGGUAAAAAGAAUGGAAUUCUUGAGGUGGGUUGAUUUGGGUACUCUUCAAGUUGUAUUUUCUCAUCAUUGGUUUUUGUCUAUGUUUGUUUGAUUUUGGUUUUCAGCUUAAUUAAAGGUUUCAUCUUUUGAGGUGGGUUCAACUUGGGUACUUCUACAAUGUGAUUUCUCCACAGUUUCAUUUGUUCUUUUUUGGUUAUGAUCUUCAGUUCAAAGCUUUGAUGAUUUGAGUUAAAUUGAAUGUGAGUGAAUUCAAAACUGUGUGUGUGUGGGUGUGUGUGUGUGUGUGUGUGUGUGUGUGUUUGGUUUAGCCAUUUGAUGUCUUAUUGUUUUAUGGUCUUGAUCUCUAGCCAAAAGAAUUGUUUUUUGAGGUGGGUUGAAUUGGAUACUUCUAAAUUUGUUUUGUCUUGGAAAAAGAAUCAGUUUUGAUUUCUAAAAAGGGGAAUGUAGGUGUUGUGGUAGUGAGUUUUAGUGGAGAUGGGAUCAGAUAAAUUUUGUAAUUGAUGAGAAGAUUGGUAAAUUGAAAUGGGAUUUGUGUUGAAGGACUGAGAAAUGGGAUGAUGAAAGGUGGGAAAAUUGAGGAAAAGUUGAUAAGUCCUCUGUUUCCUAGGCUUCACAUCAAUGAUGCAGAGAAAGGAGGACCGAGGGCACCUCCAAGGAACAAAAUGGCUCUUUGUGAACAGCUCAGUGUCCCUUCUCAAAGGUUUGCCUCUGGAUCAGCAUCAAUGCUACCUCUUCCGCCCAACACUAGCUGCAACUUGGCUCCUUCAACGUCUCUGAGUCAUGUGCGUUCGAUAUCUUAUAAGGGUUUUUGUUCUUUAAGUAGUGGUGGCCCUGAAAUGAGUUUGUAUUCCCCCUUCUGCAACUCACCUGUAUCUCCUCAUUUGGCUGAGAGACUUCAUUCUUAUUCUUCUGGUGGGGUGAAUUUUAAUACCACAUUGACUAAUCUAGAAAGGCAGCCAGAAAAACCUACAAAUGAUCAGAUUUUGAGUGCCACGGGCCAUUUCUCAACAGCUUCCAAGUGCAGUUUUCUUCGACAACAUGGUUUUUUAAACUCUAGGAACUCUUCUGUAAAGAAGCUUGACGAUAAGGAUCAUUUAAGGGUCCUGGCCUCUGGUCAGUUAGGAAGAACUCCAAACUGCAGUAAUAGUUGGCAAAACAUGGAUAAAGAAAAACUCAUUUCCUCAGGCACAAACUCUCCUAAAAAUCUUCAAAUUUCUUGUGAAAAGCAGAAGAAGCGGACUAGCACUACAGAUUUAAACUUGAGGCCACAUUUGAGAAUCGGAACUGAGGAGAAACCAGAAGAGUCUCAGACUAGUCAACCCUCUGGCAAAAACCAUGCUUCAAUUUUGUUAAAUGGAGAUAAGAUUUUGGUAGAUGCAUCUUCAAGUCCCCGGGAUAGAGAUAGGAUUUCUGAACAAGCAAAGGGAGGUCUUUUUUUUUUUAACCUAGGAAAGAGAAACAACUUGGCGGCUGAUAUAAGCAGAUUAAAUGAUUCCAAUUCACAGUUACAUCAAGAGUGUGAAGUUCUGCAAGAAAAGAAUGUCCUUAUAGAUGAUGCUUCAGCAAAGCCCAAAAAGGCCAUAGAAAAAAUAAAUGCUUCCAUUUCGGAAGGACUAUCAUGUCCUAGACCAUCACUUGGAGACAAUCGUCAAGGUCCUAACAGGAUUAAAAAUGCUAGUGAGUUCCAUGAAGAUUGGCAAAGUGGUUCUUCACAAGCAGGCGAUGUAGACAGAAACAUUGAUGUCUCAGACACCUCCAUGGUGGACUCUAUAUCGAGUUUGGAUAUAUCCCCUGAUGAUGUUGUGCAAGUAAUAGGUCAGAAACAAUUCUGGAAAGCAAGAAGAGCUAUUGUCCAUCAGCAAAGGGCCUUUGCGGUGCAACUAUUUGAAUUACAUAGAUUAAUAAAGGUGCAAAGAUUAAUUGCCAGAUCACCAGAUCUAUUGCUCGAAAAUAACCUCUAUUUGGGCACAACUUCAAUGGAAGUAUCUCCUGCGAAGAAGUUUAGGUCAAAUUAUGUUCUAGAACCACCACCUUCAAUUGCUAAGCAAAAAGAAGAUUCUCAGAAGCCAAAUCCCACCAAUGAAUGUUCAGUGGAGAAAGCAGUUAGAAAUCCUCGUCCUUCUCUCAAUAGUGAUACGAACAAAAUAUGUGUUACCCAGCAAUCAAAGUGCGAACCUUAUUCAAGAAAUGCAGCACCAGCUGCUGUAGCUAGUAACGCCAAACCAGCACCUUGGUGUUCUUCCCCACCCCCUGGAAAUCAGUGGCUAGUUCCUGUAAUAUCACCUUCCGAAGGACUUGUUUAUAAGCCCUAUGCAGGACCAUGUCCUCCAACUGCAGGUUUCAUAGCGCCAGUUUAUGGUAGCUAUGAACCAAUGAGCUUAACUCCAGAGGGCGGAGACUUUUUGAACAAAGCCCAUGGUAUUCCUUUUCCUCACCAACAAGGGAUUGUAACUCUUCCAGGCACUCUUCCACCUGAUCAGACCUACUUUCCACCAUAUGGCAUGCCACUCAUGAAGCCAUCUGUUUCCCGUUCAGCUGUUGAGCAGACGAAUCCAUUUCCUAGAGCCGAGUCAAAUAAGCAGGAUAAUCAGCUCUGUGUUGGCGACCUUAACUUCAUCCCCUACAAAAGCUCAUUUAACAUUGCAAGCCAGAAGAGUGGGGUGAUCUCAUAUUGUGUUAGGAAGUUGCAGGCAUCCAAAGAGAGUGAGUCGCAGGGCUGUACAGCAAGUAGUCCUGAGAUGGAGAAACGAGAUCCACUGCCUCUUUUUCCUACUUCACCACAAUCUCAGGCUUCGGAUCAACCUGCUAGGACACACACUGCUGAUGAGCAGACGCGGGUCAUCAAGGUUGUUCCUCACAACCCUAGAGCAGCUUUUGAGUCAGCAGCUCGGAUUUUCCAGUCCAUACAAGAAGAAAGGAAACAGUAGCACGACUAGCUCAUCAUCUCAUAUCACGGCAAAUAACUUUGUAUCUAGCCAACCCUGCAAUAAAUGACCAUUUUCUUUGCAUGUCAUAGAAGUGUUUGAAGUCUAUUAUCUUUUUCUUUGUUCUGAUCAUAUGUCAGUUACCUGUAUAUAUUUUUCACAAAGAUUGGCAAACUGAUCAGUUCGCAUUUUUAUUCCCAAUAGGUAACUGCAGUAAAUAUUUCCUCCAUUUGUUUUAC